AUGGAUGCCUGGCUGCAGACGUUUCAGAACCAGCAAGGUGGACUAGGUCAGUGCACUGGGGCAAACGGAGGGGCAGCAGAGCAAGCGGAAGGGGAAGAGGAAGAGGAAGAGGAAGGGGAGGAGGAAGAGGAAGGGGAGGAGGAGGAGGAAGAGGAAGAGGAAGAGGACGGGGAGGAAGAGGAAGAGGAAGAGGAAGAGGAAGAGGAAGAGGAAGAGGAAGAGGAAGAGGUAGAGGAAGAGGAAGAGGACGGGGAGGAAGAGGAAGAGGAAGAGGAAGAGGAAGAGGAAGAGGAAGAGGAAGAGGAAGAGGAAGAGGAAGAGGAAGAGGAAGAGGAAGAGGAAGAGGAAGAGGAAGAGGAAGAGGAAGAGGAAGAGGAAGAGGAAGAGGAAGAGGAAGAGGAAGAGGAAGAGGAAGAGGAAGAGGAAGAGGAAGAGGAAGAGGAAGAGGAAGAGGAAGAGGAAGAGGAAGAGGAAGAGGAAGAGGAAGAGGAAGAGGAAGAGGAAGAGGAAGAGGAAGAGGAAGAGGAAGAGGAAGAGGAAGAGGAAGAGGAAGAGGAAGAGGAAGAGGAAGAGGAAGAGGAAGAGGAAGAGGAAGAGGAAGAGGAAGAGGAAGAGGAAGAGGAAGAGGAAGAGGAAGAGGAAGAGGAAGAGGAAGAGGAAGAGGAAGAGGAAGAGGAAGAGGAAGAGGAAGAGGAAGAGGAAGAGGAAGAGGAAGAGGAAGAGGAAGAGGAAGAGGAAGAGGAAGAGGAAGAGGAAGAGGAAGAGGAAGAGGAAGAGGAAGAGGAAGAGGAAGAGGAAGAGGAAGAGGAAGAGGAAGAGGAAGAGGAAGAGGAAGAGGAAGAGGAAGAGGAAGAGGAAGAGGAAGAGGAAGAGGAAGAGGAAGAGGAAGAGGAAGAGGAAGAGGAAGAGGAAGAGGAAGAGGAAGAGGAAGAGGAAGAGGAAGAGGAAGAGGAAGAGGAAGAGGAAGAGGAAGAGGAAGAGGAAGAGGAAGAGGAAGAGGAAGAGGAAGAGGAAGAGGAAGAGGAAGAGGAAGAGGAAGAGGAAGAGGAAGAGGAAGAGGAAGAGGAAGAGGAAGAGGAAGAGGAAGAGGAAGAGGACGAGGACCAUGCCGUGAGAGAAGCACGCUUGCUAUGGUCCCUUCCGAAAUUGGAAGAGCGGGUGAAGACUGAUGUGAUGCUGCAGUUGACACCCUGCUCUGGAGUCCAAAUCAGCGAGGGUGAACUGGGCCAGCCCGAUGAGGCAAACGGAGCGGCAGCAGAGAAAGCAAGAGCUGAGGAGAGUCGGGAGUUGGAAGAGCGGGUGAAGGCUGAUGCGAUGCUGCAGUGGGCUCCCUGCUCUGGCGUCCGGAUCAAACAGGCACAGCGAGCACUUGCCAUAAAGAGCCUGGAUGACGUGCAUGGCCGCCACCUAGGCAGGAACCAGCCAGAUUGCAUCCCUGCCGCAGCACCCGAGCAGCAGCAGCAGCAGGAGCAGCAGCAGGCCGAUUUCAAGUGCUUUAGUGGAGCAGCGGAGCUGCAGGUGCUGAAAGGGGGACACAGACUUUCGGCGCAGGAGCAGGUUGAAUGGAAGGUGGAGUGGGCGCCUUAUUACUGUGCGGAAGCGAUGCUGCUUGAGUGGAUGGCUGAGCCUCGUGUAGGCGUGCUCAUGGACCUUGGGAGGAUCAGAUCCCGCCUGCCAUCCAUUCUGGGUAGUGCGAACGCUGCAGCAGAUGUGUUCUCGUCUCCUGUUGCAUCUGCUCCAACUGCUGCUGCUGCUGCUGCUGCUGCUCCAGCUUCUGCUGCUACUGCUGCUGCUGCUGCAUCUGCUGCUACAGCGUCGUCAUGCUGCUGGCGCUGCAGCAGUUGCUGGGCUGCCUACCGCCGCGCUGUCAACUUCGCGACGUCCCUUGUUCUUGUAGCGAAGUCUUCCCGCAUUGUGACUCUAUGGAGAGCCCACCUGUACUCCUAUUUGGCCGCCUGGCCAGCUAUUCUGGCCCAGCUGGGGGCGGGCAGGCAGGGGGAAGACGACUGCUUUGCGUCCAUGCUGGUACAGGUGCUUGGGGUGAAGGAGAGCGCUGACCUUCAGGAAGGGUUUGGGGUUUACUUGCAGAAUGUGCUGUCAGGCGGGCUGGAGAAGGUGCAUGGAGAGGGGAGGGUGGGAGACGGGGAAUGUGAGGGUGUGGGAGAAGGUACUGAAGAGGAGACAGGGAGGCAUGGGGGGCUGGAGCGUGAUGGGAGGCAGGAAGAGGAGGGAGACAGCAAGGCAGAGGUACAAGGGGUUGCUAGCACGUUUGGCGCCAUUCCCAAGCCUCUGGAGGGAAGUGGCGUUCCGUUGGAGUGGGAGGAGUGGCCUAGGGGCGAUGAAGCUGCCGUGAAGUUUCCUGUCAACCCGAAAGAGCGAUGUUUUGGGCUUGGGAUUGUGGAAGAGGAACAGUGCGGUGGAGCAGCAGAGAAGUGGACCCCACCUCCUCCUCCUCAGCACACAUCUGAAGCAGGAGGGAACAGCAGGAGUGCAAGGGGAAAAGGUUGUAAGGCAGCAGGGCAGGAGUGCAGUGUGGAAGCCACACAGAGCAGAGCGAGUGGGAAAAAGGCUGAACCACCUGGAAACGCCGAGCAGAGCGUCACACUACCGCCCGCGAGAAAGAUUUUUCCUAUCGUGCGCUGCCAGGCCGAUGUGGAGUUGCUGGUGGGGCUAGCGGGGUACGUAUUGGACCCCCCUGCAUGCGCCCACUGCACCCGCUGCUCCACUGACUUCAUGAAUUUCGCAUGCUCCGUUGCUGUCAUUGCCAAUUUUGCCUACCGCCCCGUUAGUCACCUCUUCGCCCGGGUUCUCUUGGCGUUCCCGCCAGCCUCCCCUGGGUUUGUGAAGCUGGUAGAGUGCUUGGACCUCCCUGCUCCCCUGCCCGGGCCUGUGAACGUGGGUAUGCUGCUGGAGCGAGCCGAGCAGGUUCAACGUGGGGGGUAA